CAGUCAUCGGGUUUGUCGCGCGUGAAACGAGUGUCCAAAUCCUUCGGUGGAACGCAAUGCAUCUAGCAGCGCUUCAGACUGAAUUUGGAGUGUAGUUACCCUCUCCGUCCAGUUUGUUGAAUUGGUGUCUAAUAAUAAGGAGGGUUUGUAGUGGUGGGCGGGUUCUGGUUGCAGGUGAAUCCGUGUCGUUUCCGCCCACCGGUCUUCCUGAACACAGUCUCUCAGCGGUGGUUAAAUCCACAGCUCACACAGUAGCGCUUAAAAAUACCUGCAAACAAGGGCGGUUGUACUGGUGUCGGACGGGCGCGUUUAUCCCAGGACAACAAUAACCCCCUGCGUGGGUUGAGCCAUAUAGUGUCGGAGCCCGCAUGGACAAACUAACAACAACUUCUGCAACCUUCUGCCUAUAGCUCUGGAUUGGGGGGUGGGGGUUUCUCUUCAGGAUUAAUAGGCUGACUGUAGGAGAAUAAAAAAACGUCAAUGGAACGUUUUUCCCAGACGAAGGGUGUGUAAAGAGAAGAGAUGGACCGCCGGAGGAAUAUUCCAGCUUCGGACGGGACCCGCUCGUCGCGGCGAGUCGCCUCCCCCGACCACCGCGGCGCCAAAGACCGCGUCGAGAGGGUGGACCCGUACGGCUUUGAGCGCUCUGAGGACUUUGACUUUGGGUCGUAUGAGCAACUGAUGUCAGAGUACAUGGUCGUCCUCACCAGACGCUCCAUCAAGUGGUCCAAACUCCUGAAGGGGAAGAAAAAGGUGGACAAGAAUGUAAAAUUGAAGCGCUAUGUCCGGAAGGGGGUUCCCAACGAGCACCGGGCCCUGGUUUGGAUGUCUGCCAGUGGAGCCCAGGAGCAGCUGGACAGGAACGCUGGCUACUACCAGUCUGUGCUGGGAGCCCAGCAUGACCCCAAACUGGUCGACAGCAUCCGCACAGACCUGAACAGAACCUUCCCAGAGAAUGUCCUAUUCCGCAAGUCAUCCAGCACGUGUCUCCAGAAGGAGCUUUACAAUGUGCUGGUGGCCUACGGACAGCACAACCCCACCGUGGGCUACUGCCAGGGUAUGAACUUCAUCGCUGGUCUCCUCCUUAUAAUCACCAGGGAUGAGGAGAAGUCUUUCUGGCUGAUGGAAGCUCUGCUUGGUCGGAUACUACCAGACUACUACAGUCCGUCCAUGCUGGGUCUUAAAACGGACCAGGAGGUGCUAGGAGAGCUGGUGAGGGAGAGAGUCCCCGGAGUCUGGGGGGCGAUGACGGAGCACGGGGUCAUGUGGUCACUGGUGGUCUCGCGCUGGUUCAUUUGCCUCUUCAUCGAUGUACUGCCAGUGGAGACGGUGCUCCGGAUCUGGGAUUGUCUGUUCUACGAGGGAUCUAAAAUCCUCUUCCGUGUUGCCUUGACGAUAAUCCACCAGCACCAGUCAGUGAUGGAGGAUGCCCGGUCACUGCCAGAUGUGUGCCAGAGCUUCAAACACAUGACCCUCGGGCCCUUUGUGGAGGAAUGCCAUCCUUUCAUGCAGAAAAUCUUCACCGAACCAGGAAGUCUAUCCAUGGCAACCAUCGCCAAGCUGCGGGCCACAUGCCGAGCCCGCAUCCUUGCCGAGGGGUCAUGACCCCGCCCCUAUAGAUACCUGUCAAUCAAACUCACUACAUUCCAGAGGAGACCUCAUCGGGGACCUCACUUGACCUGAAAUCCUUUUGUGUUUUGGGACAACCUUCAAACACAAUCUUUGCACUUUCUUUUGAAUGUUUCCAUUAUUUCCAAGGUUGCUUAUAUCGGACUUGAAUAUUUCUUGUAGUUCUUCGCAUUCAGCAUUUGAUUGUCAAAAGCACAGCUAGACUACUGACGUAGAAUCACUUUAAAUCUAACAUUUUUUUGGAAUAUGUGGAACCUUUUUGUAUACAAAUAAAUUAUACAAGUUUUUCAUACGAGCCAAUUAGAAAUUGGUGAACAUUGAUACACAAUGAGUUAAGUCUCUAAGAAAGGUAUGAUUUCAAUGUGAUGUUUAAAGAUCAGGCUAGCCAUCUGACUAGCACCUACCUUGGCGCUUCUACAGCAGCAGCAGAGUUCUGAUUGGCUGAGCAAAGCAGAGCUAGGCCCGCCUCAUCAGCCAAAUGUUUCUACCUCCAGUGCAAAUUAAUAACUCCUCCAAACCAACCAUUUCACUCCAACGCAGCUAGACACUGCAAUGCUGUACCCUGAAUGUGGAAAGAAAUAAUUUGGGGGAAAUGUCCCAAUGUAGAAUCUUGAGGUGCAUGACUGAACCAGCCCAAUAAAAGUAUGAACUCUGGUCCUCCCAAAAUUCCGAAACAGUGGUUUUUGUUACCUAAUAGACAAGACACAUCCUAUUUUCGAUGCAGCAAUAGGCUUUAUCCAAUUUCUUUAUCACUUUAAAUUAAUAUUAAUAAAUCAAAAAUGUAAACCGCAGGUCUAUAAUAUGCCUCCCACACACAUUUUAAAUGGGACAUUUUUUAAUCAGAUAAAAGCUUUAAUUGACUUCAGGAGGAUGCAAAAGUCUACAAAACGAUUAAAAGUAUUUUCUAUAAAAAUAACGAACACUAAACAUUUCAUAUCAAACAGGAAGUAGUAUAGAGAACUCUGUUCCACAUGUUCACCUCUCAUGGUGCAGGAAUAAAAGGACAGUCUGUCAAUUCUCUUUCCAUGGUACUUCUUGUUUGUCCAAGCAGAUAUAAAUGAUAAACCCA